CCUGCAACCAGUUCAUCUUGCCUCCUAUAUAUUAAUCCCGAUUAUUCAUUUAUUCUGAUAUUUAUUACUCUUCUGCACUCCGGCCUUCGCUUCUCUGUGUUGCCUGUCCCUGUUCCCUGCCCUGCAUAUAAACUUCCGCAUCCGCAUCCGUUCCUUCAGCAACUUGUUCGUGCAUCCGCGGCGAAAGGGAGACAGUCAAGCUUGCCAGAAGGAUUCCCAACGAUCCCAUUUCACUUACCAAGCUCGCCAGAUACACGCUCGAUAUGGACGACUCGGAGAAUAUGCCGCCGCCGCCGAUGGAGCGGCAACAAUCUGCUCCUCCGAGGGUCAGGACUUCCAGAUUGCCCAUUCCUCGAAAGGUGUCGGGCACGCUCUCCAACCAGACAGCCAACUCCCUUCGUUCCCAAUCGUCGCGAGAGUCGGUUGGUAGCUCCGUUCAGUCUGCCAGAACAAACCCAACAUUAACCACGAGAGCCUCGUUUUCGCGGCUUCCGAACGUCUCUGAUCAAGGGGCGAAAGCAAUGCCUCGGAAGAUGGCCUCGAAUACCUCUUUGAACGGAAACGGAACGAAUGGGCCGACACCAACACCACCACCAACCAACACCCUCAAGGGGAAAGUGUCGUCUACAAGCCUCCAAGCAAGGCCUGCCGGCAUCAACACGUCGAUCGCCCGGAAGGCGUCGGGCUCUCUCGCCAGCACUCCCACGCAAUCUCCACAGCUACAGGCUCCCCGAAUUUCCCUGACACCGAAGGGAAGACGGACCUCAGACAUCAAUGGCGCCGCAGCACCUCCAUUGAACCGAAGGCCCUCAAACACGCAGCUCAAGCAGCCGGCAACAGUGUCCAAGAGGCAAUCGAUGUCCCAGCUCACGAGCAAGAAUCUAGCAACCCUUGGUGCGUCUAAUGAUGCCAGUCCUACUCCGCUCCGGCGACAGCCGGUCGUCGGAUUCACCGCGCCUCGCACUCCCACAGCUACGAGAACAGUAAAGCCGCCGCAAACGGGUCCGCGACAACUCCGUGCGCCAAAGGCCUCAGGGUCUGCUGACGCGGCGAAGAAAAUUGAUCCCAAGAAGACAUCGCAGUCAUUACGGGACACCAUUCGCCAGGCCCGCAUGGCCAAGCAGGUUGUUCCCAACGGGGACGCGAGCAAUGGCCUUGACGGCUUCGAUUUUGGCACUGCCGACCCAUUUGGCCAGUCCAUCUUUGGGGAGGGCGGUUCUACCAAGGUGUUGCAGCAGCGCAUCAAGUCCGCCCGCGUUGAAGGACGACUCAAUAUAUCCAACAUGCAGCUAAAGGAGAUUCCGGUGGAGGUGUACAAAAUGUACGAGACUACUGAGGAUGACCUCGCGGACACGGACGACGACGGGCCAAAGUGGUACGAGAACGUUGAUUUGGCCAAGAUGAUUGGCGCCGACAAUGAGAUCACAGAGAUCAGUGAGGAAUUGGCGAUGCAGUUUGCGGGCUUGUCUGUGAUCGAUUUGCAUAAUAACCUCUUGACGACGAUGCCAGCAAACCUUGCGCAACUGACAGAACUGACGGUGCUUAAUUUGGCUGGUAACAACCUCGGAAACGAGGCUCUCGAUAUCAUUUUCCAGAUCUCGGCACUAAAGGACUUGAAGCUGUCCAAAAACAGCCUGGAGGGGGAGUUGGAUGCUUCGGUGUCUGGACUCAUGGCGCUUGAAAGUAUGGAAUUGCAUGACAACAAACUCACAGCACUUCCCUCGUCGAUUGGGCGAUGCUCACACCUACGAGUACUCAACAUUGCCAGGAAUGCGAUCGCAGAGCUCCCGAUGGAAGAGCUCCAGCACUGUCCUUUGACCGAACUGGACGUGUCACAGAACAAGCUGAGCGAUGUAUUCUUCCCUACUUCCGUAGAGCGAUGGGACUCGAUCCAAUCGCUCAACGUGGGUUCGAAUCAUAUCACUUCGAUUGCGAUAUCUUCCAUCUCACUUCCGGCGUUGACCCAGCUGUUUGCAUCAAAUAAUCAGCUCAGCGCAUUCCCCACGCUCAGUGGCUGCGCAGAGCUGUUGGUUCUCAUUAUCGACCAGAACCGGAUCACGACGUUGCCUGACGACCUUUACAAUCUUCGGCGGCUGCGAACCUUGGACUUCUCUGGCAAUAACGUCAAGGCCAUUGAUCCCCGUCUGGGCGCAAUGGAGAGCCUUGAGGUUAUUAACUUUGCCGGUAACCCACUCUCCGAUCGUAAGCUGGCGGGCAUGUGCCCUGCCGACCUCAAGAAGACGCUCCGUGGCCGACUGGCGCCGCCGGAGAUCGUUAUCGCGGAAGCGGAUGACGACCACGGCUUCCCCGGCAUGGGAUCUGGUAUGGACGGCGAACAGGAGCGCCGGGGCUCUCAGUCGGAGGCGCUCGAGAUCGGCCGCGGCGGUGUGCUCGAUCUUACGAACAAGGGUCUGUCAGAGCUCUCGGAGGAGCUCAUCGACAACAUUAUGGGCUCGCCAUACACGAUCCUGCUGACGGCCAACUCUUUCAACGCGAUUCCCACCGUCUUGGAUCAGUUUGCGUCCCUGACCGUGCUUGACCUCUCCAAGAACCGGCUCUCGACGACGUACCUCUCGCAGAAGCUCGUCCUGCGCUCACUCGAAACGCUGAACCUACACAGCGCGGGGAUCCAAUCCCUCGAACUCCUCUUCCAGAAUCUGGACUCGCCCAAGCUGCAGACGCUCGACGUAUCCGCCAACCGCAUCAGCUCGAUCGAGGGGCUCCGGGGGGCGUUCCCGGCGCUGUACAACUUCCACGCGGCGGACAACCAGAUCUCGGAGAUCCCGAUCGCGAGCGUCGACGGGAUCCGAUCGCUGGACCUCACGGGCAACUCGAUUCACAGCCUGCCGCCGAGGCUGGCGCUGUGCGAAGGGCUCCGCGAACUCCGCGUCCAGGGAAACCUCUUCAAGGUGCCCCGUUGGCAGGUGCUCGAGAAGGGUACGGAUUCGGUCCUGGCAUGGUUGAGGGAUCGCCUGCCGGUGGAAAAUGGCGAUGACGAUGACGAUGACGAGCAGGACUGACUAGAUGAAGUGAACGACGACGAAGAUGCUGUGGCUGCUACUGUUGCUGUUGUUCCGGCUGCUGCUGCUGCUGGUGUUGUUGCUGUGGGUGGUAAUGUGUCAUCUGUUUACUAUGCGGAAAAUAAUAAUGGCGGCGUGCUAAGUUUUGCUGUUUCGGAUUCGGAUUCAGCCUCCUCCUCCUCGGGCUUGAGGGGGCAGACAGUUAGACUAUUUUUCAUUUUUUUCGUUCUAGGCGCUGUACCGUACUCUACUGAUGAAGGCGAUACAUUAAUGUUGUUUUGGAAUUAGUGCGAUUGGGGAUGUUUCUUCAGGUUAUUACUAGGUUAUAGAAGGCUGCUGCUGCCAUUAUUGCGAG